AUGGACACUGCUAGCCUGAAAGAUGGUACAUCGGUCUCCACUCUAUCCAGUCCUUUCUUGUCACCUAAUGUUGGGGCCUUGCUUAAGAUCAAAACUAUUUCAUGGAGCCAAGAAACCGGUUUACCUGUUUCUGUUCGUGUUCAUGCUGCCGAUAGGACCUUUCACCUGCACAAGAAACUAUCAACCAAACAUAUUUUUUUUACCCUUUUUCAAUUUUAUGUUCUCACUAAAACAGAAAACUGUUCUCAAAAAAACCUUAACAAGCAGACCCUUUCUAAUUCAAAUUUUUUGUUUUUUUUUUUGGCUUUGCAGUACCCUUUAUUUUCGAAGAGUGGAUACUUCAAGAGGAGAUUGAAUGAGUCAAAUGAGGUUGAGAUACCACAAAAUUUCCCAGGAGGACCAGAGACCUUUGAGAUGAUUGCACUGUUCAUCUAUGGUUCUUCCACAUUAGUUGACCCCUUCAACGUUGCAGCCUUGAGAUGUGCAGCAGAGUUUCUUGAAAUGACGGAAGAGUAUGGCUCCGGCAACCUCUGUGACAGGUUCGAUAUUUAUUUGAACCAAGUGGUCCUUCAAAGUUGGGAUGAUACAUUAAUUGUUCUCCAAAAGUGCCAAACAUUGCUUCCAUGGGCCGAAGAGCUUCUAAUUGUGAGCCGCUGCAUUGAAUCUCUCGCCUUCAUGGCUUGUAUGGAGAUUCUUGAUCCAGAAAGGAAAAGGGACCAGCCAGUGGUCACAUUGGAGGCUUUGGCUGGUCAAGCUUGGAGCAAUGAAACGGUGAAGGAGUUAGUGAGCAAAGAUUUGUGGAUCAAAGAUCUAAUUGCUUUGCCAUUUGGAUUCUUCAAAAGGCUAAUUGGAUCUUUGAGAAGACAAGGAAUGAAAGAGAAAUAUGUGAGCCCCAUUAUUGUUUUCUAUGCAAACAAAUGGGUAGUAUCAAAGAAGACACGCCAGUUUUGGGAGAAUUCCGGUGAGAGAACCGGAGAUAAUGACACGAAGAACAAAGUUUCAGUGAUCUUAGAGGGUAUUCUUGAUUUGUUGCCAAUGGGAGAGAAGGCUAGUAAAGUGAUCCCACUUGGGUUUUACUUCUCAUUGCUUUCUAGGUCUCUUGAACUUGGUUUGAAGAGUGAGAGCAAGACAAAGUUGCAAGAUCAAAUUUCAUCUCUUCUACAAUUGUCACAAAUGGAUUAUUUUCUCUUUCCAACAAGAGGAACAGCGUCCAUUUCUCACAGCAUUGAGUUGGCUACAAUGGAGAGCAUAUUCUCAACCUAUGUGUCAUCUAACAUGGAUCCAAAUCAUGCUCCUUCACUGAGUAAUUUCAGAGUUGCAGAAUUGUGGGAUGCUUAUCUUUCGCAUAUAGCUGCUGAUCCUAACAUGGGGCCUAAAAGAUUCAUGGACCUCAUUGAAACUGUACCUCUAUUUAGCAGACAAAGCCAUGAUCAUCUCUACAGAGCAAUGAACAACUUCCUACUGGCACACCAAGACAUGUCACAAGAUGAGAAAGGGUUGGUAUGCAAAUACCUCAACUGCCAAAAACUAUCACAGGAGGUGUGCAUUGAGGCAGUCCAAAACGAGUUGAUGCCACUGCGUCUGAUUGUCCAGGCGCUUUUCGUUCAGCAACUAAACACUCAUCAAGCCUUCAAAGAAUGCUCAGACUCAUUUAGAUAUGCACAUUGUGGCGAAUUCUCGGGAAGCCUCUCGAGCUCUAGAUAUGCAAACUCCAAAAGCCAGAACCUAGGUGAGAGUCCAUACAUAGAUGGAGGAGAAACAGGCAAUUCUAGACCACUAAGCUUCUCGCUGCAGAAAGACACAGCAAUGCCAAGGUCUGAAUUCUCAAGGAAGGAGUACGAAUCCACAAGCUUCAGAAUCCAAAACCUUGAACAAGAACUCUUGUCCUUGAAGAGAAGCCUUCAUUCCCAAAACAUUUCGAAGAAAACAGAAGCAGAUUCGAAUAAAACAAAACAAGUUACAGGCAAUUCACAGAGCUUGAGACCAUAUGGUCUAGAGGGAAGGACAUUGAGCAAGAAGAGGAAUCCACUAGGACAAGUGACUGCUUGCAUCGGUUCUGUGAACUUUGCUUCCCAGAGAAAAUAUGCCAGUAGGCUGCUCAAGGUAUUUAGGAGCAUAAGUUUGUUUGGAAGAGGAAAAUCAAAGAGGAAGCCAGGUGCUCCUGGUCUAUGGGCUUAGGUGAUUUAACGCAUUAACUAUAUAUAUAUAUAUAUGAAUCUAUGA